AUGUCUAUCCCUGAAAAGGUAAAUUUGACCACCGGUACUGGCUGGGGUUCAGAUCGUUGUAUUGGAAACACUGGCUCAGUUCCUCGAUUAGGGAUCCCUAAUUUUUGUAUUCAGGAUGGUCCCAAUGGAGUCAGGUUCACUGAUUUCGUCACCCAUUUCCCUUCGGGUUUAGCAGCCGGUGCGACUUUCAACAAGUAUUUAACAUAUAAAAGAGGAUUGGCUAUCGGUAAGGAACAUAAGGCUAAAGGUGUCCAUAUUGUUUUGGGACCAACCAUUGGACCAAUUGGGUUAAAAGCUGCCGGUGGUAGAAACUGGGAAUCGUUUGGUGCCGACCCUUAUAUACAAGGAGUUCUUGGAGCUGCCACAGUAGAAGGUAUUCAAGAAGAAGGUGUUGUGGCAUGUGUGAGACACUUGGUUGGUAAUGAACAGGAACGUUUCCGUCAACUAGGUGAAUGGGAUGAAGGUGUAUGUGGAGAUUUAGAAACAUCCAUUAGUUCCAACAUUGGUGAUAGAGCUAUGCACGAAAUCUAUCUUUGGCCCUUUGCAGAAGCUAUUCGUGCUGGAGCUGGAUCUGUAAUGUGUUCAUAUAAUCAGGUCAAUAACUCCUAUGCUUGUGAAAACUCUUAUCUACUCAAUUACUUGCUUAAAGAAGAACUUGGGUUUCAAGGGUUUGUAAUGUCUGAUUGGGGUGCUCAACAUACUGGUAUAUAUUCAGGGUUAGCAGGUCUAGAUAUGUCAAUGCCAGGGGAUGUAUUUGAUGAUUGGUUAGCAGGGAAAUCUUAUUGGGGUCCAUUGCUAUCAAAAUCCAUUUACAACCAUACCAUGCCACAGGAAAGAUUAAACGAUAUGGCUAUACGUAUUUUGGCACCAUUUUUUGCAAUAGAAUCAACUUCCAUACCAGGGGAAGAUGAUACACCAAACUUUAGUUCGUGGACACAGCAUACGUUUGGACAACGCUUUCCAUAUCAACAUUAUGGUCCAAUAGUCCAACAAAAUUGGCAUAUUGACGCAAGAACAAGCUUUAGCAAUAAAGUAGCGUUACAAGUAGCUCAAGAAGCAAUUGUUUUGUUGAAGAACUCCCGUAAAAUUCUUCCAAUAGACGUGGAAUGUGGUGUUAAGCGAAUUCUUGUGACUGGAGUUUUAGCUGGUGCUGAUCCCAAAGGUUUCAAUUGUAAAGAUCAGAGAUGUAUUGAGGGAGUUAUGACCCUGGGAUGGGGCUCUGCAGCAGUGAACAACCCUUACGUCAUUACUCCUUACGAAGCAAUUUCGGCCAAAGCUAGAGAAUUGGGUAUGGUUGUUGAUUUUGCUAGUGAUCCUUGGGACCUUGAGAAUUUGGAAUCAGUAUCAGAUGCAGCCGAUUUAUGUAUUGUUGUUGUUGGUGCAUAUUCUGGCGAAGGUUUUAUCGAAGUUGAGGGAAACUAUGGAGAUAGGACUAAUCUUUCAUUAUGGUUUAACGGUGAUGAGGUUAUUAAGAAAGUUGCUGAAAAUUGUGAGAACGCAGUUGUUGUUGUGAACGCUGUUGGACCAGUGGAUAUGGAAGAAUGGAUUGAUCUUGAAGGGAUUUCUGCAGUUCUAUUUGCACCUCCUCUUGGUCAAUUUGUUGGUCAAGCAAUCGCCGAAGUAUUGUUUGGGGAAGUAAAUCCUUCGGGAAGAUUACCAUUCACAAUUGCAAGAAAGAAACAGCAUUACAUUCCCAUUGUGACUGAAAUUGAUGAAUCCAAUGAACCUCAAGAUACUUUUGACCGAGAUAUUUAUUUGGAUUAUCGAUUCUUCGACAAACAUAAUUUACGGCCACGUUAUGAAUUUGGAUAUGGUCUUUCCUAUUCAACAUUUGUUGUUGAGAAUAUUCAAAUUUCAGAAAUAAAACCUCCUAGUGAAUACCUCCCGUACCCAGAAGAAUACUUACCUAUUUAUCGUACUAUUGAGGACGAUAUAUGCGACCCUGAAGAUGCCCUUUUUCCACAUGAAGAAUUAGACCCAGUUCCAGGAUAUAUAUAUCCAUAUCUCUAUGAUAGAGACGUCUAUACUCUUAGGGAUGGUGAAAGAUUCCCCUACCCUUAUGGCUACAAGCCUGAUCAUGAAACCUUUCCUCCUUUAGCUGGUGGUGGAUUAGGAGGAAAUCCAGCUCUUUGGGAUGUAUUUUAUGAGGUAACUGUUGACGUUAAGAAUACAGGAAGACUCGCCGGGGGUCAUGUGGUACAAUUAUAUGUUGAAUUACCAAGUACCAUUCAUAUAAGUCCUCCUAAGGUUCUCCGAGGGUUUGAGAAAGUAUAUCUUGAACCUCAAGGCUAUCAACAAGUGAAAUUUGAGUUGACAAGAAAAGAUCUUAGUGUUUGGGAUGCAUAUUCCCAACAAUGGAUACUUCAAACUGGAAGUUAUGAUAUAUUCGUUGGAUCUUCUAGUAGAAGGAUUGAUCUUUGUGGUGAGAUUGAAAUUGGUUUUUGA